CGAUAUCAAUGGACAUGACCAAAGCUCUGGUUCGAAAACAUACAGUUGAGGUAACAUGAAACAUACUAUUUGCAUUGAAUAAAAAUAAAUAAAUACUAUUUGAAUGUUGGCUAUAUCAUGUUGCAUUCCAAGUGCAGCCCGUGACCUUUUCCUGUCCGCGACCCUUUUCCACACAAGCAGAGAGAGACCUUCCGCACACAAGGAGAGAGAGAGGGAGAGAGAGAGAGAGAGAGAGGUUUACCUGUUUGAGCCAGAUUUCAAAUUUUAUGUUGAUGCCGCACGCGAACAGGAAGGAGAGAGAUUUAAUGCGUGCAGUUCCUUUGAGCAAUGAACCUGAGGCUAUACGAGGCCUGCGAAACUGGUAAUUUGCCUGCUUUCCGAGAACUAAUCAAUGAAGAUAGGUUCAUCUUGCGUGAAGUUAUGCCCUGCUCCGGCGACACUCCCUUGCACACAGUUGCGAGAUUUGGGCAUGCGACCCUCACAAGCGAAAUCCUCAAGCUUCGGCCGGACUUGGCUCACUCUAUGAACCACCGAGGUCUCCCUCCCAUGCAUCUGGUCGCAGCGAACAUGAGCUUCGAAGUGUUCGAUGUGCUUCUCGAGGCCGAUCCCGACAAGCUUUUCUUCCUCAGGGACAAAGAUGGAAGGACCCCUGUCCACUAUGCAGCCAUGAGUGGGGACCGCAGUAUGUUAACAUGCAUAAUGCGACAUUCUCCCACAUCUGCUAAAAGUUUGACAGAGCCACGACUACAGGAGAUUCCUGUGCUGCUGCCAAGUAGGCCCCAAAGGCAAUCUCAGAGUAGAGGGCAACGCCAAAAGAAACAGAAAGGGGAGGGUUCGAAAAUUUAUGAAGAGCAAGAGUUCUGGAUUGAUGCCUUGAAGAGCUUCAGGGGUUCCAUUUCGGUGGUGGCUGCUUUGAUAGCCACAUCAGCCUUCACUGCAGGUCUCAGCCCCCCCGGCGGGGUCAACAGUGAUGGACAAGACGCAAGUGUUGCAGUCAAGGCCCACACGGCAGCAUUCAAGGUGUUCGCAGUGGCCAAUGCCUUGGCAUUGAUGCUAUCAAUCAGCAUUCUCAUCAAUGAUAUUACUAUCAUACCGCUCCUCCCAGGGUCACUCAAGAAGUUAGCAAUUCACACGAGACAUAUGCUAUGGGCAUCGGUGGCAAUGCUACUGGUGGCUUUCAUGUCUGCAGCCCAUAUCGUAUUACCCCACUUAGGAGCACAUGGUUGGGUGGAGUGGUGCAUCUGGUCACUUGUGGUGCUCACAGUUCUCUCACAUGUUGUCUUACUGCGGGUUAUGGAGCAUUUCCCUACUGAUGGAUUCAGUAAUGAAAUUGGAGCCAGUGGAUCUUAUAAUGUAACCAUUACUGAUUGCAAGCCUGAAUUCAUUGUUUGCACGGAGCCCUCAACUCUUGUCACUGAGCCGGAAGCACGUGCUCUCAAGGACGAAGUCCUCUUUUCAAUGGAGGAAGAAACUAGAGAGCAAGUGUCUUCUUGAUAAUCAGAAGUCAUGAACCAUUGCAGAGUAGGUGUUGUGUAUGAGUAGUUUAUAUAUAUAUAUAUAUUGUAAUGUCUAUUUAAAGACAGCAAGUGUAGGAAGGUAGUGAGAACCCACAAAAAAAUAAAAAUAAAAUAAAAAGUGAGAGAGAAAGGAAAGCAAGUAGGCAGCAGGAGACAGUAUGAUAGAAAACAUUGAAGUAGUUCAUGUGAGGUAACUUUCUAUC